AUGGCUACUGAUGAGACUUGUUGUUCAACUCAACUAAUUGAUGGAGAUGGCCUAUUCAAUGCUUCUGGGAUUGACAAGUUUAUGAAGGAGGUGAAAUUGGCGGAAUGUGGGCUUUCAUAUGCUGUAGUUUCUAUUAUGGGGCCACAGAGUAGUGGCAAGAGCACACUAUUGAAUAAUUUGUUUAACACCAAUUUCAGAGAGAUGGAUGCUUUUAAGGGAAGGUCUCAAACAACCAAAGGAAUCUGGAUGGCUAGAUGUGCUGGCAUAGAGCCUUGUACGCUUGUGAUGGAUUUGGAGGGUACAGAUGGAAGAGAACGUGGAGAGGAUGAUACUGCAUUCGAAAAGCAGAGUGCUCUGUUUGCUCUUGCUGUCUCAGAUAUAGUGUUAAUUAACAUGUGGUGCCAUGACAUUGGCCGUGAGCAAGCUGCAAAUAAGCCUCUCUUGAAAACUGUCUUUCAGGUUAUGAUGAGACUGUUUAGUCCGCGCAAAACAACAAUGCUGUUUGUCAUACGUGAUAAAACAAGGACACCGCUUGAAAAUUUAGAACCUGUUUUGCGAGAAGAUAUUCAGAAGAUAUGGGAUUCUGUUCCUAAACCACAGGCCCACAUAGAAACCCCACUAAGUGAAUUUUUCAACGUUGAAGUUGUUGCGCUUUCUAGUUAUGAAGAAAAGGAAGAGCAAUUUAAGGAUCAGGUUGCCCACUUGAGGCAACGCUUUCAUCAGUCUAUUGCUCCUGGUGGCCUAGCAGGGGACCGACGUGGAGUGGUUCCUGCUUCUGGAUUUUCUUUUAGCGCCCAGCAAAUAUGGAAAGUCAUUAAGGAAAACAAAGAUCUCGACCUUCCUGCACAUAAGGUUAUGGUUGCAACUGUACGUUGUGAAGAAAUUGCCAAUGAGAAAUAUGCCACUUUUGUUGCAAAUGAGGAAUGGUGUCAAAUCGAAGAGACUGUGCAAUCUAAUCCUAUUCCUGGAUUUGGGAAAAAGAUCAACUCACUCCUUCAUGCUGGUUUGUCAGAGUAUGACGCAGAGGCUACUUAUUUUGAUGAAGGUGUGAGAACUGCAAAACAAAAGCAACUUCAAGACAAAUUGUUGCAACUCGUCCAACCAGCGUACCAAUCUGCACUGGGACACAUUAGAUCUGGAACUUUGGAACAAUUUAAGGAUAAACUCGAAAAGGCUUUGAAAGGAGGGGAAAGGUUUUCUGCAGCUGCUAAUAGUUGCAUUGGGUCUUGUGUGGCUCAAUUUGAUGAAGCAUGUGCAGACGUUGUUAUUGAAGUAGCGGAUUGGGAUACAUCUAAAGUACGAGAGAAAUUGUUGCGUGAUAUUGAUGCACAUGUUGCAUCUGUGCGUGAAGCUAAGAUUUCUGAACUUGUUUCUUCAUAUGAGGAAAAACUGAAACUGGCUUUGUCUGGCCCAGUUGAAGCUCUUUUGGAUGGAGCUAAUAGUGAUACUUGGCCAUCAGUAAGGAGCCUUCUUAAGCGUGAGAUGGCAUCAGCAGUUUUAGGGUUCUCUGCUGCGCUUAAUGCAUUUGAUAUGGAUGAAGAAACAAGACAGAACAUGAUUUUGAGUUUAGAGAAUUUUGCAAAAGGUGUUGUUGAAGGAAAGGCUAAGGAAGAAGCUGGAAGGGUUCUGAUCCGUAUGAAGGACAGGUUUACAAUGUUAUUUAGCCAUGAUUCUGAUUCAAUGCCUCGUGUUUGGACGGGGAAAGAAGAUAUUCGAGCUAUCACUAAAACUGCUCGCUCUGCUUCCUUGAAGUUACUAUCUGUUAUGGCUGUACUUCGUUUGGAUGAUGGUGAUAAAGAUAAUAUUGAGAAAACAUUAGCAGUUGCAUUGCUGGAUUCAUCAAGCGGUGUUAAAGAUAGGAGUAUUACAGCGGCUGAUCCGCUAGCUACUAGCAGUUGGGAACGGAUUCCACCAGGUAAGACACUGAUUACACCUGUCCAGUGCAAAUCUUUGUGGAGGCAGUUCAAGAUGGAGACAGAGUACAGUGUUUCGCAAGCCAUUUCUGCCCAGGAGGCCAACAAGCGCAAUAACAACUGGCUACCUCCCCCAUGGGCAAUACUUGCUUUGGUUAUUUUGGGAUUCAAUGAAUUUAUGACCCUUCUAAAAAAUCCUUUGUAUUUGGGUGUCAUCUUUGUUCUUUUUCUUCUUUUGAAAGCCCUGUGGGUGCAACUUAACAUUGCUGGUGAAUUUAGCCACGGAAUACUUCCGGGACUCAUUUCCUUGUCGACCAAGUUUGUUCCAACUAUCAUGAACCUGAUGAAAAGACUAGCAGAGGAGGGGAGUGACUCUGCAGCUAAUCCUGAGAGAAACACAUCACAAAACAACUCCAAUGCUGUUCCUGUUUCAUCUAGUUCUUCAUCCAACAUAACCUCAUUGGAUAACAGAAACAGAUAUACCAGUUCAUCAAAAGAUGAGUAA